GUUCCAUCCCCGUUUCCCAAACCCGUGCGGUUUGUGCGUUCUUUGGGACGGUUCCAGUUUGGGAUGCGGGGCACGAAGGGACUCCAGGAGCCGGGAAUGGCCCCGCGCCGCCGUGCCCGCGUGUCCCGGGUGUUUGUCCAGGUGCGUUCUCCAGCAUUGUUCCCAGGGGACGGCGUCUCCCGAGGGAUCCGAGGUCGUUCAGGCCCCGAGGGCAGCGCGGGGAUAAAGGGACCGCGCGGCCGCGGGCGCCGGGAGCGCGGAGGGAGCGGACAGCCGGGGAACUCCGGGCUGUGCUGGGAAGCGGAUGGAAGUCAGGACCUGCCCCUGCCCCACGAUGAAGCUGCUCCUGCUGGGGCUGAGCCUUGUCCUGUGCGUCGGAGUCGCUGAGGCCCUUCGAUGCCAUGUCUGCAAGUACAAGAUCCCCUUGGUUGGGUGCUUCCGGGGCGCCAACGUGACGACCUGCGAGCGCCGGGAGAAGUGUGCCCUCAUCAAAAGCACCCUGGGGAAGGUGACCCUUUACUACCAGCAAGGCUGCACCUCCACCCUGAACUGCGGCCGGGAGCGGGCGUCUGACGCCGAGUCCCGCCUGACCUCCCGCUACUCCUGCUGCGAGACCGACCUCUGCAAUGAGGAGUGGGGCGAGGAGCCCACGGACUGACCCGCCGUGGGGCCAGGACUGGGAUCCCGAUGCGCUCCGGCGCUCCUCGAAUGAAUCCUGAAUGCUCAGCACUCGCAAUUAGGGACGGUGGGCCCCGCGAGGCUCCCGCUGUGCACCUGGAUUUAGUCUCAGCUCUA